AUUUUAUCCAAUAAGUGAAAUAUGUUUCAAAAUAAGAUGUUUCUCGUCGAACUGUUGUUCAUUUCAUUUCCAGAUUGAACGAGCGUAGUAAUACUUUGAAGUGAGAAGACCUACACAUACUGCGUUCAAGCAAGAAACAAAUCCAAUCGCUGCUGUUUAUUCGUUCUUAGACUAGGUUGAGUUUGUAAGUUUUAGAAGUUGAAAAUGACUGGCCGUGCACGAGCACGAUCAAGGGGACGAGCGCGCGGUCAAGAGACCGUGGCACCUGGCAUGACCCCCUUUCAGGAGACUGCACGAGAAGCUCCCCCCUCUGAGGGUGAGCUUGUGGGUCGAGGAAGACAGAGAACUGCCCCAGGGGCUGUGUCCUCCGAAGCCGUUAUUCAGAUAUCUGCAGGGUUUCAGCAGGUGAAGAUCGGAGAGAGAGGUGGACGACGCCGUGACUUUCACGAUGCAGGAAUCAACACCAGGCAGGCCAUGGAACACGUGAGAGAGUCCAAGUCUGGUUUCUCUGGCUCUCCCAUUGAGCUGAAAGCCAACUUCUUCAAAAUCCUGUCCCGCCCUCAGUGGGUGCUGUACCAGUACCAUGUGGACUUCAAGCCCGUCAUGGAGUCACGGCGCCUACGUUCUGCCCUCAUGUAUCAGCAUGAGGAGACACUAGGCAAAGCUCGCACCUUUGAUGGAGCCCUCCUCUUCCUGCCUCACAAACUGCACAACACGGAGACUGUGCUAUACAGUGAGACCAGAAUGGGAGAGAAAGUCCAGAUCACUGUCACUCUGACCAAUGAGCUGCCCCCAACUUCCCCAGUGUGCCUGCAGUUCUACAACAUCAUCUUCAGAAGAGUGCUGAGGAUGCUGAACAUGCAGCAGAUUGGACGCCAUUACUACAACCCAACAGACCCCCUCAAUAUCCCACAGCACAGGCUGACCAUCUGGCCUGGCUUCACAACCACCAUCCUCCAGUACGAGUCCAGCAUCAUGCUGUGCACGGACGUGAGCCACAAGGUGCUGCGCAGUGAGACGGUGCUCAGCUUCAUGAUGGGCCUCAGGCAGCAGAGUGGAGAUCAGCGCUUCCCAGAGGCCUGCACCAAGGAGCUGGUGGGACUCAUCGUCCUCACCAAGUACAACAACAAAACCUACAGGAUUGAUGACAUUGCGUGGGACCACACUCCCAACAACACAUUCAAGAGGGGAGACUCUGAGAUUUCUUUCAAGGACUACUACAAGGCACAAUAUGGUCUGGACAUCACUGACGGCAACCAAGUGCUUCUGAUCAGCCAUAUGAAGAAGAUUGGUCCUUCUGGAGGACCACCCCCAGGGCCGGCCAUGCUUGUCCCCGAGUUCUGCUACCUCACAGGCCUGACUGACAAGAUGCGUGCUGACUUCAACAUCAUGAAGGACCUGUCCACCCACACCAGACUGACCCCAGAGCAGAGGGAGGGGCGGCUCAACCACUUCAUUGGGAACAUCCACAAGAACACUGAGGCCCAGACGGAGCUGAAUACCUGGGGACUCAACUUUGACAACAAACUCCUGAGCCUCACAGGCAGAGUCCUCCCUGCGGAAAGGAUUGUGCAGGGAUCCAGAACGUAUGAGUACAACCCCUGGCAAGCAGACUGGUCCAGGGAAAUGAGAGGCAUCCCCCUGAUCAGCUGCCGACCGCUGGAGAACUGGUUCAUGUUCUUCACCCGCAGAAACAAUGAUGUGGCCCAGGCCCUCCUGCAGACCCUCAACAAGGUCUCCACGCCCCUGGGCAUCCACAUGCAGAGGGCCAUCAUGGUGGAGUAUGAGGACCGGCAGGAGUCUCUGCUCAGGGCCCUGCAGCAGAAUGUUAAGAAAGAAACCCAGAUGGUGGUGGUGGUCCUGCCCAGCAACAGGAAGGACAAGUACGACAGUGUGAAGAAGUACCUGUGUGUGGACUGCCCCACACCCAGCCAGUGUGUGUUGGCCCGCACCCUCGCCAAACAGCAGGCCCUCAUGACUGUGGCCACCAAGAUUGCCCUGCAGAUUAACUGCAAGAUGGGGGGAGAGCUGUGGAGCGUGGAGAUCCCACUGAAGCAGCUGAUGAUUGUGGGCAUUGACUGCUACCACGACACGGCUGCUGGCAAGAGGUCCAUUGGAGCUCUGGUGGCCAGUCUUAACCAGGGCAUGUCCAGGUGGUUCUCAAAAUGUGUGCUACAGAACCGUGGACAGGAGAUCAUGGACGGACUCAAGGUGGCGCUUCAAGGUGCCCUGAAGGCGUGGCUGAAGCACAACAACUGCCUGCCGUCACGUAUCAUUGUGUACAGAGACGGAGUGGGAGACGGGAUGCUGCAGAGCGUGGUCAACUAUGAGGUGCCACAGAUCAUGGAGUCCAUCAAGACCAUGGGACACGACUACGCACCCAAACUCGCUGUGGUGGUUGUGAAGAAGCGCAUCAGUUCCAGGUUCUUUGCCCGCAUCGAUGGCAAGCUGGCCAACCCUCCCCCUGGAACAUGCAUCGACACUGAGGUCACCCGCCCAGAAUGGUACGACUUCUUCAUCAUCAGCCAGGCCGUCCGUAUGGGCAGUGUCUCCCCAACCCACUACAACGUGGUGUACGACAGCAGCGGACUGAAGCCUGACCACAUGCAGCGACUGACCUACAAACUCUGCCACAUGUACUACAACUGGCAGGGGAUCAUCCGAGUGCCUGCACCCUGUCAGUACGCCCACAAAUUGGCCUUCCUGGUGGGCCAGAGUAUCCACAGAGAGCCCAACAUGAACCUGGAUGACUUCCUCUACUACAUGUAAGAGAACACGAGCUACCUAAAGAGUACAUUGGAGAACUUGCUUUCCUUGAAACUGCUUGAUUUUUGUUCAGGAAAAUAGACUGAAUUUACUUUGGGGUAAAGUGGUUAGGAUAUUCCCCAAUUUACAGGAGAGUGAAACCAAUAUUUUUUUUAUUUUUUUUUUACACUUCAGCAAUUUGUUUCUCUUCUCUGUUUUAUGCUACUGUUUUCUUUGAAAAAAAUAUUUUUUAGAUGGUAAUUGCAAAGUGUUUUAUUUGUGUGGCAUGGUAUGAGACUGUUUUGAAAUGUUUGCUACCUCAGCUGUUAUUUUGGCUGUACAGUGCAUUCGGAAAGUAUUCAGACCCCUUGACUUUUUCCACAUUUUGUUACGUUACAGCCGUAUU